CACAUAUUUCUGACUGGUUUUCGAAGGCAGCAUUUUCUUGUUUGAUUUCAUCCAUGACAUUUGCAAACUUUCAUUCAUUCAUUCAUUAAUUUACAUGUUGGACUGGGUGUUCAUUUUGUUGAAUAUGCCCUAGAAUUAAAUACACAUGGCUGCUGACAGGACCGAUUCAUAUGAAUGGACCUGUGAAUCGAAAAUUCAACUUUUCCAAGGAUUAAUUAAGCACAAACCCGUUGGGGUGUUUUGCCACUUUGAAAUGAUGUGCUUGUGCAAUUAUAUGAAUUCAGUUCUUCGUAAACCAGUCACUCCUGAUGAUAUUUGGAAGAAGCUGGAUACACUUUUCAAUAUGGAAGAACUGCAUGAGUCAGAAGUUAACCCGUUUCAAGGUAAGACGAAGGAAUUCAGUCUACCCGACGAGUUUGAUUCCUUGAAAGAAUUGGAGUUUCCUCGUGUUGGUCAUCGGAGCGAUACAGUUAUACCCAAAUCUUCAGUUGUAGAUACUUCUAAUCGAAAACGAACAAGAAAGUCGGUACGUUGGUCUGACAUUCAUACAACUUCAGAUAAUGUUUUGGUUCAAACACCGACUAAUUCAGCAGUCACUCCUGCUGUAGGUGUUGGCAAUUCACGCAAAAGGAGGCGCUGACAUUUGUAUGUAUGCUGGUUGCGAAUACACAAACACCUUUGUUGUAUCUUAU